CUCUUUCUCCCUGCUCCUCUUUCCUUCCAUCUCUCUCCCCUAUUCCCUCCUCAGUGAAUGUGAUUCUGCGCUCUUGACUCCAAAGAGCUGUUGGCGCAGAUGCCAAGUGCCCAGUGUAGCCCAGUGGUUGUAUCCUGCCUGAUCAGGCUACCCCAGGUGGAGGAGGACCCCAGGGUCUGUGUUCAGUCAUUGCCGUCCCUGAGGAAUCUCCGAGCCAUGUGCCCCUUUCCUCAUAUCCCUGUGGCCUCCCAGAUGGCCUGAGCUAAGCCAGAAGCCACUAGCCGUGACCCAGUUCCAACAACCAGUGUGUUCCCCUUGGAAAAGCCCUGGAGGAGACCCACACAAAAGUCUGAUGAAAAUUGACUUGGGUAUAGCUGGAGACAUACCACUUCGUGCAUAGCUUGUAAGGCUGACUCAAGUGGCUGCAGGGUCCUAAGGGGUCUUGAUGUGGAUUCCAUGUGAGAUGGAUGGACCCGCCCCCAGGACCACUUUCUGCCCAUGUGUGCAUGCUGGGCGCCUUCUGAGGAUGGGAACAUGGAAGAGACUGGCUGGGUGGUAGGUGGAGGCUACAGGGAGGCAAGAGGGCCAGGCUGCUCCCCAAAAAGAAGGCCGUCUCAGAUGGGAAUCUGUGGGCAGGUUUGGAGUGAGAACAAAGUGAGUACGGAGGGGUCCAGACCUGAAGUUCAGAGAUCUUGCAGCUCAAAGCACUGCGGAAGCCACAAGAAUGAGCCAACGCAGGCCGUGUAAGGUGGCAGACGGAGAGACACUGAAUAUGGCAGCCCUGGGGUGGGGUCAGGGAACAUCCUUGCCGCCUGGUCAGGUGUCCGGUGUUUCCCCAAACCCCUGCUGUGAGCACAAGCCAUGCUGCAAAGUUGGGCUUGAUUAUCUCAUAAAAAGAUGCCCCCUCAUGCUUGCUCAGCGCAGGGGUUGCCAUGGAGACCAGCGGGCAGGCCCCAAGGGGGGCCAGGCUGGAGCCAAUUACUGUGGCUACAGCAGAAGAGCCUACCCCAGCCCCUGUGCUGACAGGGUAGGUGAGAAGGGCCGCCUCUCAGAAGUUGAUUUCCAACAGGAACACAGCUGUGUGUUUUACCUUCUGCCUGACAAGACUGAGCACAUAGCCGCUCCUCCAGUUGCCCACCUCCCUACUGUGGCUCAGCCCUGGACCCCCAAUGACCCCAGCUGAACUGUCAAUGGGCAACCUCAGUCCUGGGAGCUACAGUCUACUGCUGGUGUGGUGGAAGGCACAGAGAUUGGUGGUUCCUUCAAUGUAUGUGAGGUCCAGUUGGCAGCAUGGCGUUAUGGGUAAUAUGUGGUCUGUGGUAUGGCAGGGCUGAUAAUGUGCCCCCCAGUCAUCCAUGACAGUAAAAUCUUCAGCCUGGCCCUGGGUGCAUGAAGGCCCCCCACUUACCCAGCCUUUGUGACAGCAGUUAAGGCAUCAGGGCUGCUGAUGCGGCUGCACCCCACUGUCUCAGGGAGGGCAUGUAAGAAGAGAAUGUGAGAAGCUGCUUAGAUAAAGCCUCAGGCCCAAGUACAGCCCACAUACAUCCAGCCUGGGGCGGGGCAGGGACGGGCAUCCAGGAUUGGGGGCUCCCGGGCCUGGCUUGCCACCAUAGCUGUCAACAAAUGACCCCAGGUCCAGCAAAUCCGCUCACUGAAUGAAGGCACUGAGUCUGAGAAGAGGGCCCCAGAGCCUGGACGCUUGCCCAGCUGUUAGGCAUGCCUGGCCUGAGGGGUCUAGAAUUGAGCAACAGACUGCACCAUGCAGGAGAGGACCCUCUGAGGUAGGGCCCAGUGUGAAGUAGAAGUCCCCAGAGGUCAAGGCUGGGUAGGGAAGGCUGGAUCCUGGUCUUUUCCCAACUCCGAGCAGUUUGCCAGCCUCGGCCUCCUGGCUGCAGAAUCCUGCUGUUAGCUAGCUGCCAAGAAAGGUGUUAGCUGUCAACACAGGUGUUAGCUGUCAAUGACGGUGUUAGCUGAUAAGCCAUAACCCUCCCAGGGGGAUUCACAUUUUAAUAGACUCACUCCUGAAAGAGACUUCGGCAUUCAAAAGGGAUGGGGCUCCAGUGGCAGACCAAGGAGCUUUUCCCUAGGAAUGUGGUGCCCCAGCCCUAGCGGCUGCUGCCAAGUAUAUAGGUCCUUGGUCACACCCAGGUAUAUCUGGCCCAGGGACCUAGGAUGGGGCCUGGUGCCUUGGGGCCACUGAGAGAAGUAGGAUGGCAACCAACAUGGAUGGGCAGGAAGGCUGGGAAGGGAUGGAGCGGAGAAUGAGGCCGCUUGGAGGAGGCUGCAGAAGGUGUUCAGAGCCAAGUCAGGAAGUGCUUAAAAGGGAGGCGGUGUGGAGGAGGGAGCAGCCUGCCCUGGGGGCCUGGGAGAGGCCCUCUCUCCCCCACCUGCCCCACACCCAGGCUCCUCUUCCUCAGACAGCAGGGGUGCUAGUGAGGAGACCUACCCCAGGCCUCAGGAGACCCCCUACAGACAAAGCCCUUCAGGGACUCAGGCAUAGCUCCCAUUUUGGCAUGAGGGGGUUCCCUAUAAUUCCAGCUGCCAGAGGUUAUCAAAAGCUGUAGGGGCCUGGGCAGGAUAUGGAUUGUGAGCCUCAGCCCCUACUCGGCAGCCUGGGCCAAGGGACCUGGCAGGUCUAGGGAUGAAUCUCAGACUCCUACAGGGUUUCUCAGAUUCCCCUGCUACCUUAGCCUGUAGCCUGGUGGGACUGAUUUGAGCAGAUCAAGGAUAAAGCUAAGACAAAUGAAGAUAAACAACGGCCAGGUCCCAGCAGCUGUGUGCUCUGGAGUUCAGAGGUGGUGUAUGCAGCUACCCCAGAAGGUCUUCAGACAUGUGACUUAAUGACCAGCUGGGCUAAUACUCUGAGGGUGAGCUACAGUGCACCAGUCAUGCCUGCAGGUGUGUGAGUGAGGGUGGCAUGAGGGUUAGGGGUGCAGACAUGGCCACCAGUGUGGAAUAUGUACUUCCAAGGACAGCUUACAGCCCAAUAUUAUCUGUAUGCCAUGGAAGGGUGAGAGGUCCUAUAGCCCCAUUCCCAGGGUUGGCAGCCUUUUGGCCCUGCCCAGUUCCCUGAGGUCUACCCAAGAAGGACUGGUUUCAGCGUCUCUCUGAUCACCUUUUUCUCUGCCUACAGGAAGCCGACUGCUGGCAUGGAUGUUAUGGCUACAGGCCUGGCGGGUAGCAGCACCAUGUCCUGGUGCUUGUGUGUGCUACAAUGAGCCCAAGGUGACAACAAGUUGCCCCCAACAGGGCCUGCAGGCUGUGCCCACAGGCAUCCCAGCCUCUAGCCAGAGAAUCUUCCUGCACGGCAACCGCAUCUCUUACGUGCCGGCUGCCAGCUUCCACUCAUGCCGAAAUCUCACUAUCCUGUGGCUGCACUCUAACGCACUGGCCCGCAUUGAUGCCACUGCCUUCACUGGCCUGACCCUCCUGGAGCAACUAGACCUCAGUGACAAUGCACAGCUCCGUGCCGUGGACCCCACCACCUUCCACGGCCUGGGCCACCUGCACACGCUGCACCUAGACCGAUGCGGCCUACAGGAGUUGGGUUCCGGCCUGUUCCGUGGACUGACGGCUCUGCAGUAUCUCUACCUACAAGACAACAGUCUGCAGGCGCUGCCUGACAAUGCCUUCCGUGACCUGGGCAACCUCACACACCUCUUUCUGCACGGCAACCGUAUCCCCAGCGUGCCGGAGCACGCUUUCCGUGGUCUACACAGUCUUGACCGCCUCCUCUUACACCAGAAUCAUGUGACUCGUGUGCAUCCACACGCCUUCCAGGACCUUGGCCGCCUCAUGACCCUCUACCUGUUUGCCAACAACCUCUCCAUGCUACCUGCAGAGGUCCUAGUGCCCCUGAGGUCUCUGCAGUACCUGCGACUCAAUGACAACCCCUGGGUGUGUGACUGCCGAGCACGUCCACUCUGGGCCUGGCUGCAGAAGUUCCGAGGUUCCUCAUCAGAGGUGCCCUGCAGCCUGCCCCCACGCCUGGCUGGUCGUGAUCUUAAGCGCCUGGCUGCCAGUGACCUAGAGGGCUGUGUUGUGGCUUCAGGGCCCUUCCGUCCCUUCCAGACCACCCAACUCACUGAUGAGGAGCUGCUGAGCCUCCCCAAGUGCUGCCAGCCAGAUGGUGCAGACAAAGCCUCAGUGCUGGAGCCCGGGCGGCCAGCUUCUGCUGGUAAUGCCCUCAAGGGACGUGUACCUCCUGGUGACACUCCACCAGGCAAUGGCUCAGGCCCACGGCACAUCAAUGACUCUCCGUUUGGGACUUUGCCCAGCUCUGCAGAGCCCCCACUGACGGCUCUGCGGCCUGGGGGUUCUGAGCCACCGGGACUGCCCACCACUGGUCCUCGCAGGAGGCCAGGUUGUUCCCGAAAGAAUCGCACCCGCAGCCACUGCCGUCUGGGCCAGGCCGGAAGUGGAAGCAGUGGAGCUGGGGAAGCAGAGGGUUCAGGCGCCCUGCCUGCUCUGGCCUGCAGCCUUGCUCCUCUGGGCCUUGCACUGGUACUUUGGACAGUGCUCGGACCCUGCUGACCAGCCACCGGCCAUCAGGUGUGUGUACAUAUGGGGUCUCCCUCCAUGCCGCCAGCCAGAGCCAGGGACAGGUUCCGUGGGGCAGGCCAGGCCCUCCCUGACAGAUGCCUCCCCACCAGCCCACCCCCAUCUCCACCCCAUCAUGUUUACAGGGUUCCGGGGGUGGCGUUUGUUCCAGAACGCCGCCUCCCACCCGGAUCGCGGUAUAUAGAGAUAUGAAUUUUAUUUUACUUGUGUAAAAUAUUGGAUGACGUGGAAUAAAGAGCUUUUUCUUAA